GAUUGGCAGAGAGGGGUGGAGGACAGCGAGUGGAGGCCAGUGGAGGGAUUGGCAGAGAGGGGUGGAGGACAGUGAGUGGAGGUCAGUGGAGGGAUUGGCAAAGAGGGGUGGAGGACAGGGUGGAGGAAACUGAAUGAAGGCCAGUGGAGGCAUUGGCAGAGAGGGGUGGAGGACACUGAAUGGAGGCCAGUGGAGGCAUUGGCAGAGAGGGGUGGAAGACACUGAGUGGAGGCCAGUGGAGGGAUUGGCAAAAAUGGGUGGAGGACACUGAGUGGAGGCUAGUGGAGGGAUUGGCAAAGAGGGGCGUAGGACAGUGAGUGGAGGCCAGUGG